AUGAUUGUCAAAAGCCACGAUCGAGGGGAGCACAUAAGUGCAUUAAAGUCAUUUUUUGACAGGAUUAGAAAAUAUAAUUUGAGAUUGAAUCCUCAAAAAUGCGUAUUCGGAGUUACUUCUGGAAAACUGUUGGGCUUUAUUGUCAGCAAAGAUGGGAUCAAAGUCGAUUCCGAUAAAGUGAAAGCCAUUCAAGAACUUCCUCCACCAAGAACGGAAAAAGAAAUUCGGGGAUUCCUAGGAAGAAUUCAAUACAUUAGCAGGUUCAUAUUGCAACUGAGCACUCGAUGCGAACCGAUUUUCAAGCUGUUGAGGAAAAAUGUUCCGAAAAAAUGGAAUGAAGAAUGCCAAGCCUCAUUUGACUCGAUGAAGGAAUAUCUCUCUAACCCUCCAGUAUUAAUGCCACCCAAGCCGGGAGAGCCUUUGAUUUUAUAUCUCACAGUCACAGAAACUGCCAUGGGAGCGUUAUUGGCUCAAUACCAAGAAGGCACCAAAAGAGAAAUUGCCAUCUACUACCUCAACAAAAAGUUUUUGGAUUAUGAAACCAGAUACAAUCCUUUAGAAAAAGCUUGCAUCGCCCUCAUAUACGCCACUAAGAAGCUACGACAUUAUCUACAGGCUCAUACAACUUUCCUUAUCUCGAGACUAGAUCCUAUCAAGUACAUCUUUGAGAAACCAAUUCUCACUGAGAGAUUCGCGAGAUGGCAUGCAAUGCUUUCAGAAUUUGAUAUUCAAUGUGUAAACCAGAAAUCUGUUAAAGGAAGGGCGAUAUCUGAAGCAUUGGCUGAUGGACCAAUAUCAGGAGAUGAAUUUGAUGACGAGUUUCCAGAUGAACAUUUACUCAACAUUGGGAUAUCUAGGUGGAAAAUGUACUUUGACGGAGCAUCUAAUAGAAGGGGCAAUGGCGCGGGUGUUUUGCUCAUUGAUCCUUAUGGAAUUCAUAUCCCUUUUGCUGUGAAAUUGAGUUUUCCAACGACUAAUAACACGGCAGAGUAUGAAGCUUGCAUUUAUGGCGUUAAGGCAGCCUUAACGGCAGGGGCGAAAUACCUCACAGUAUAUGGAGAUUCUAACCUCAUUAUCUCUCAAACAAUUGGAGUAUGGAGAGUCCGAGAUGAGAGAUUACCAAUGUAUACCGAGUAUCUCCAACAGUUCAUUCCGUACUUUGAAGAUAUUGACUUCAAGCAUCUUCCCCGGGAGCAAAACAGUCUCACGGAUGCAUUAGCAAACUUAGCGGUAAAUUUAACAUGGGAAAACAACGUAAAAAUUCGAGCUGUGACUAUUGAGGAAAGUGAUUCACCGGUAGUCAACCUUGAACAUAUGAUUGCUGCAUUGACUUUGCAAGACGAUAAAGAUGCUUGGUAUGCUGAUAUUAAAAAUUUUCUAAUCACCGGUCGAUAUCCUGAAGAGAGUCAUAAAAAAGACCAAUUGGCUAUCCGGCGAUUGGCAGCUCACUUUGUAAUACUAAAAGAUAGAUUGUACCGCAAGGGUUUUGAUGGAACUCUACAAUUGUGUGUUGACAAAAAAAAAUACAAAAGAUCAUGGGAGAAAUCCAUGGUGGUGAAUGCGGUCCGCACAUGA